AUGCCACUGCGCACCACAGUAGCGCGAGACUGCCAUUCUCUCGCUCCGUUUGUCACGCUGUCUUCUUCUCGCUCCAUUCCUUCCUCUUGGCGCUCGCCGCACUCGGAAACCACCCCGCGCGCCCAGCGCAGCCUAUCGCCAUCCACCUUGGCCGCUUCUCCCACACAGCCAAGAUCAUCAUACAGUAGUCAGCUACUCUCCGUGCCCACAUCGGGCUCGGCGCCCGGUGGCGUCGGCGCAUCCUCUGCUCAUUCGCCACCUCUGGAUUACUCCCCUCAUCGUCGCGGUUCUCGCUCCUCCAUCUUAGCCUCUGCCUCUGAGGCUGCCAGUUCUGCUGCCACAGCCUCCGACAGAGAAUCCAUUCGCUCCGCCGGCAGCAGUUCACGUGUCGGUCCUUCCACUCCCAGACAGACUGCUAGACGUCCCUCGCGCAAUGAUCAAGCCGACCGAAAUGUCUCGCCCAUCUCUUUCUACUCCUCUCUCGAGGCGCCCUUGACUUCUCCUUCAGGUUCGCGUCAGGGAAGCAUCCAAGCCGAUCACUCCCGCCAUCCGCAUGCUCCGCUCGCCCCACGUUCUCCAUCGCCUACCCACCAUGCGGCAACUCUCAUUCCGCCCUCUGUCCGUGCAAAAGCUUCUUCAUCCCAUCACUCUCCACCACACAAGGCCAAACUGAACCAUUCUUCCGCCAAUAGGCGAACCGUGUCCGACCGCACAAACACACAGCGAGUCAAACCCCCUUCAUCCAUCAAUCGACCCGCUUCCGCACAGCACGACCUAACCAACAGCAGCUCCACGUCGUCGUUGCCGCAUUCCAUUCAGGCCAUUUCCACUUAUUCAGAGCAGCCUUACUCGUCCGCUCAGACCUCAUCGCAGAGCAGCAAUGUCGCGACACAUGCUUCGGAUUCAAAGUCGGACAACACACCCUACGACUCCGUCAACUCGAAGCAACGUACCAUCACUGCCUCUAGAUCCGUCAACACUUUCCUGGACUUUGAUAACGCUGCCUCGACUCGUCCACGCUCAAAGAGCAUGGUUGGCUCUGCCAAGUCAGCUGCAGUGCAAUCGCCCGUCAUUGCUCAGUCUUUAUCUUCCAGCACAGACGAUCCCAAAAUCGCAUCCACGUCUUCCAAUCCUGCAACAAAGACCCCCACUACUGCGCCAUCCAAGAUUAGUCUGCGUUCCCGCAUUUUUGGCCACAAACCUACCAAAGUCGCCUCGCCAGUGGCUUCCUCUUUCGACUCGGGUGCAGAAACGCCUUCGCCCCACUCCGCCCGCUUUCCGCCUUCAAUUUACUCUGAAGACUCGCACAGCGACUCGAAUUUGCUUGAUCACUCUGAUAACCGCUCACUCGAGCCAGCCAUGCCGUCGCCAACCUACGCUACAUCCUCCUUAGGACACGGCCGCGAUGACGACGGCAAUUCAAGCGAGCCUAUACACGGCGACCCCCGUGCCAAUACCACCAAUACUCGCAAAUCCAGCAGCGCUUCUAGUUUCCUUCGAAAGACAAUUCGAUUCAGGGACAAGUCCACCUUCAUGAGGCAUCGCCCUUCCGCAUCGUCCAUGGCUUCGGAUUCGGCCGCCUCUGCUCCCGCCUCGGUUCCACCUUCGCCUCUCGACCCUCCUUCGGGCUCUGACCUCGAAGAAUCUACUAGAAAACAGCUUGUUUACAAACAAAUUAGCGGUCGCAGGGGAUCCCACUAUCGCCACACCUCUUCUGACCAGCUGGAUUUCGCAAAGGAUGAUGCUUCUGAAACGCGUGAUAACCCUGCUCUCUUGCCGGCCGUUACCGAAACCGACCUAGAGGUUUCCCCAAAGCCGCAACGCUCGCUUUCCCGGAGCGCAACUCGAAGCGCGGCCCCUCCUUCCCUCAAGCCUCGUCCUGAGCGCCUUGACGCAUCUGACCGCGAUGCGGGAACUCAAAGUCACAUUUCCAGGAGCAGCAGCCUACGCGGCUCGCUCAGUCGCAGCAACAGUUACAUCUUACCUUCGCGUAGCGUUUCCUCGGACCACGCCGCGUCGUCGUCUAUAAUCAACGCUGCGACUUCCCAGUCCCCUCGUCGAAGGCCUCGCUCUGGAUCGGCUCAAUUCUCCCCCAACAUACAGCCCCGGACGACGAGCUCGCCCGUUCAAAGCUCGGCUCGCCGUCCCCUUACGGCUCAAGGAAGUCCUUCUCUCGCCGGAUCCCCAUCGUCAAGUUCUACAUCGAUGCAACGAGCGAGCCGUCCCAAAACUGCCGAAAGCGGACAUGCAUACUCUGGCUCGCUGUCAAGUCUUCGUGAUAUUCUUAUGGUAGCUCACGCCAUCUCAGAGGAGGGCGCUGUCUAUCGCACGCCGCCCAAAGACGAGGUAGAACGUUUCGACUCAAACUCUGGCCUAUUGGCGGCCUCAAACAAUGGAGCAUCACCAACUGACUAUAAGCGACCGGGGCUUCCGCCAAAGAAUCCUUUACGUAAACAGAGGCCGGCUGGAGCCAGUGCCAUGGACUCUCCCUUGAUAUCCAGCCAUUCCCCCUCUUCACACACAAUUGGCAUCUUCCCUGGCCCAAUGAUGAGCCGGAUCACUACCGAGCGUCCGCUCGGUCUUGGAUUCAAGGCUGCCGGCCCUAUCGGUCCGAUACCAUUAUCCAGCUCCACGCCACCCAUCACCGAAUUUCAGACACCUACCCCGGAUGGAGCGCAGCCUUCACCGAAGGACACGCAGACUGUAAGCGACUACUUUCGCUCUGGAGACCUCGUCAGGUCCUACGACAUGCCUCUAGCGCAGGUUUCUUCCCGCUCGCCUGGCUUUGUGCAUGGUUCGCGCAGCGGCUCUGCUUCCCCAGGACAAGCAUCCUUCAGCUCGACACAGCAUCUUUCACGAGCACCAUCAAGCGGCUCAACAUCUGCUCGCAUUCCCGGACGGCAUGAACGCUCUGCCAGCGAUGCCGCAAGCCCCCUCACGGAUCACCGGCCGACAGUCGACCUGGGUGCUUCGACGACGUCUCUCCAUUCCGAAUUAUCGUCAGGCACCAAGAAGAAGAAGGACACUUCUGGCAGCAGAGUCCUCGCCUUUGCGCGCGAUCUAGCUCACCGAGAAAGCAGUGCCGAUCAAAGCAACGUGCUUCCUACGUCUGGAACAUUUCGACUCGGCAAGAGCGGCAAGGCGAAAAACAAAGAUGCUACAACGCGACCCGUCAUUCGCAGAUUAUACGAUGGACCUCUCGAAACCGAGGCGGCGGCAGCACAGGGUCAGGCUGUCGAGAACGGGUUGCAAUCGCCCAUGCAAAUCACCGAUGGCGUCAGUCCUGGAUCCUCUGUGGUCGAUUUGCAACCUGCGCUUGGCGCGGUAUCUCGAACUCCCAGCACCUCAAAUAGCAGGGCUCGUUCCGUGUCAUCGUCCGCCAGUACUGCUCGGAACCUUUUGUCGCCAGCUUCAAUCCCUCUAUCAACUCCUCAAUUUGGCAACACGUGUAGCGCAACUUCCCUAUCUCGUAGUCCUAGCUUCAUCCCUACGCCCUGGUCGAUUUCGCAAGACGACUUGUCACAGGAGCACAAGCGGCUCGUCAAACGUUGGUUCAUCCUACGUGAGCUGCUGGAGACAGAGAGGGCGUAUGCUUCAGACCUUGCCGUAGCCCGCGAUAUCUAUCUGGCAAGAGCAAAGAUGAGAGCCGGCAUCACUGCACCUCUAUCGCCGUUGAGCGUCCGAUCCGCUAGCAUCUUUUCGCAGCUUACUUCGCCAGAGCCCUCCUCACACAGUCGGUCCUCGCAACCGCAUCUGCAACAGCGUGGAAGCGCAUCAGUCCUGAGUCCUGCCGCAGCAGUUCCAUCAGGUAGAAGCUACGCGCCUCAGCGUACGCUCUUUCGUAAUGCAUCGGCGGAUGGAACCGCGGGUGGAAAUCUCGUACAUACCAGCUCGUCCAACCAGGCUGCAUCUUUGACCUCACUUGCAUCGAGCAACCCGAGCAACCGUUCUUCCAUGUACACCGUUUCUUCGCAGAGCUCGCAGACCUCUGACGCGAGUCAAUUCGCGCUUUCGAGUCACCCCACCUCUGCAGGUGGCCUACCCAUUCACUUCUCCAUCGAUGGGAAUCCACUGUCACCUAGCUCCGGUGCCAAGCUACACUUAGGCACAACGACAUCUUUGCCAAGCUACAAUGUCUCGCCUCUCUCUUCUACGCCCGCAACUCCGACCUUGUCAACUUCUUCCGGGAUCUUCUCGCCUGGCCUAGCCGCACCCGUCGACGGCCUUGCAGCUGGAUCGGCCGACGCGCCCUUUAGUGCAUCCGACGUGCGCAUCGUCUUUGCGCAGCUCGAGUCUUGUGCUGCAUUUGCGGACGAGAUGGUCGUAGUCCUCGAGGGCGCAGUCGGUAAGAUCUGCAAUGGAGCACCAGAGGACGCUAGUCAACUGCUUGCUCAGGGCGAAGUAGUGGAGGAGGCAGAAACGGAUCGAGUCGGCCAAGCGUUCCUAAAGCUCAUGCCGAGGAUCGAGCAGGUUUACUCGGCUUAUUGUUCGCGACACGAGGCGUCCAUGGCUAAGCUGCAAGAGCUGACAAGUUCGCAACCCAAAGUUGGCGCUUUCCUCAGCGAAUGCACUCUGGCUGCACGAGCGUAUACAAACGCAUGGGAUCUUUCUUCCUUGCUGAUCAAACCUGUUCAGCGUGUUCUCAAGUAUCCUCUUCUUCUGAAGGAGAUUCUGGCGUCCACAAGCCACAAGCACCCAGACAUCGAAAACCUUUCGGCAGCAUCUGUCGAGAUUCAGAAGGUAGCGGACAACAUUAACGAGGUCAAGAAACGUAAGGAUCUAGUGGACCAGAUAGUCAGCGGCAAAACUGCUAAACGAAGCACCAGUCAGCGGAUGCAGCACGGUGCCACCAAGAAGCUCUUACGGCGUCAGGAAAAGGUCAAGAAGCUCGUGCUUGGCCCAGCAGAGGAUGUGCUCGCUGAUGACGGCCAAUACAAGGAGUUGGUCGCCCAGUUCCGUCAGCUUGAGAAGGCGACGAGUACGUUCGCAAAAAGAUGCCUGGCUUGGUCAGCAAGCGUCAAGGACGCCCACAUAGCUCAGCUCCAGCUCCUUGGAUCUUGGUCCCGUACGUUUGCAGUGGAUGGGAUGAUUGCCAAUACAGAGGCCGAGGCUCGCGUCUGCGCCUUUGUUCAGCUCGUCGAAACCACGUUCCUUGGCGAGUUCUGGUCUCAACUGGAUGUCGAAUUCCGUACCAGCUUGAUACCCGCCUUACAGCGCAUCGCUGCUCUAUUUUCUCUACCGCAAGCCGUCAUUGCGAAACGCGAUGAUCGUGAGCCAGACUACACGCGCUACAGAGCUGAGACUACCCGUGGCAGCUCCAAAACCGUGGACAAGAAGCUCACAGAGAGCGCCAACGCGUUCAUCGCGCUUCACAUGCAGCUGAUGAACGAGUUGCCGCAGUUCAACUACGGCGUGCAGACGUUGUUGGACCUCUGCAUCGAGUCGCUUUCGCGCACCCAAGCUUCGUACCAUCUUGGCGUUCAUCGUGCGCUCAUCGGUUUCUGGCAAGAAUACGGGCCGGAGGGUAACACGGAUAUCGCCGUCAACGAGGAGACGGAUGAACAGUCGAUGCGCCACGUCAACACGGUUAAAAUCUUUUGGCCAUUACACAGCAGCAUGAGCGAAUUUGCCGAGUCUCUGGGCAUUGUGUCAGGAGUGGCGGACGAGCGCCGUUCUCGAAAUGCUUCAAUGAGCACGGACAGCGAGUUGCUGGCGUUAGGCAAUCUGAGCCCAUCGAGUACCAACCACUUUUCGCCGCUGCAAUCGACGCAAGCCCUGCCGGACUCCGAGUUUGCCUCGAAUGUGCCGGACGCCACGAGCAUAAGCCAGCAAAUCGAGUCGAUCACCGCAGUGGGUUCAGAGGAGCUGUUGGAGGCCUUCGCUGCACGCACUAGCCCAAGUCCGCUAGCGACUCCACCACUUGGGUCUCUUUCGCGCGCAUCGCUGUCCCCGCAGCUCCAUCAACAGUCGUUGCUCGGGUCGCCUGCACCCAUCGGAGCUCAGCAGCCGCCAUCCGGCCCGUCGACUCUGCGUUCCACCAAGUCUGGAGGCGGUCUCAUCGGGCUGCUCCGAUCCGUGGGAAGCAGCUCAGCCGUAGGCUCACGCAAAAAUUCGCAGUCCACGGAUACAGCCACGGACAGCUUUGUCGACGUGCCCGGCUCGGAUCCUCCCACGCCGAUCAGCAAAGAUACACCGCUGGUCGCCGACGCUGCGAGCGCUGGCGGAGCUGUUGCGCCGCCGAUGCUGCCCGCUCUCACCUUCAACUCUGGCCUUUUUGAUCGAUCUGACGCCAACUUCAGCUCGGCAUCUGAGCAGCGCGGUGAGGUGACUGACGAUGCAGCGUCGCAAGCGAUGAAGAUCAUGGGUACCAUGGCAGCUGUCGCUAACAGCGGAGCGCGCAGCAGCGACGAGGCCAAAGACGGAUACCCUUUCAUCGAGUAUGCCGUCGGUGACCUUUUCAGCGUGGUGCAGCAGGACAGUACUCACAUGUUCGGGCGUUCCGAACACGGCGUUAUCGGGUGGGUGGAACGGGAAAAUUUUGUACCUCUGUCCUGA